GCUCGUCAUUCAUUGCACUUAAUUGAAUGCGGCAAGUGCCACAGCCCCGGGCUAAGCUCACGAAAGUCGAGAUUCCGAGAAUUCGCUUCGCUGGGGCAUUGUGGGCGCAAUUCAUGUGGUGCGGCGGUGCAAAUUGAGCCACAAAGGCAGCAACAAAUUUGUGGCUCGUUUCAAUUGAGCGCCAGAUGUCGAGCAAUCAGCACGCCAACGUUGAGAGGAGAAAAUUAAGUGUCAGCUUGAUGGGAGGAAUGUGGAAAAUUGUUUUAUUUUUGCUGCACUGCCACCUGCUGGUGGCACCGCUCGCAGCCAGCUGUCCCAUAUAUUUGACCAUUUCGCUGGCGGACAAAACGCUGACCGAGGCCUGCCUGGAGGUCAACUGGGGACCCGACUGCUUUGCGCCGCCCGAAUGGGUGGGCAUCUAUCGGCAGGAUCCGUCUGUGUCGAACUUUCAGCCGGAGCUGCGCAUCGACGGCAUACGCAAUCGGACGGGCAAGCGACAGACGCCCAUUAAGCUGGGCAAGCUGCACUUUCCGGGCGGCUGGAAUCGGCCCGUCGAUGAGCAGAAAACCGCGACCAAGUAUCCAAAGGGCAAGUGCCUGCCGUACUAUGUGGCCAGCUACAAUGGCACCGAGCUGCUGACCAUUGACUGCCUGAAGAUUCAGCCCAAUUGGCUGGCCCAUCUCAAGGAUGCGGUCAAUAUGCCGCUGAAGAGUCUCUUUCUGCCGGGCACACACGCCUCCGGCGCCUACAUAACCAACUACAGCAAGACCAAGUCGCUGCUGGUCAAGGAUUAUCUCGUGGCACAGCACUUCGAGGUUUGGUCGCAGCUGGUCUUUGGCAUACGCUACUUGGAUCUGAGCGUGGGCUAUCGCAACGUGGACAGCAACAGCGAAGCGGACAACUUUUGGGUGGCUAACGAGAACAUGUUCAUAAAUCACCUGAUCGAUGUCCUUCGCGAUGUGCGCCGCUUUGUCCAGCUCUCGAACGAGGUGGUCGUGCUGGACUUUAGCUCGUUUCCCAUUGGCUUCUACAAGCAUCCGGAGAUCUACAGCAGCCUCUACCAUCUCAUACGCCAGGAGCUGGGCGAAGUGGUCUUCGAGCGGAAUGUCAGCAUCAAUGAGCACUGCGCGGAUCGCAGCUUUGAUGAUAUGCGCAAUGCGGGGCGGCAGGUGCUGCUGCUGUUUCCCACACAGGAGCUGCCCCAUCCGGAGAACGAAUCGGUGCUGCUGUGCACGCCCUGGCAGCGCUUCAGCACCAGCUACAUGAACAUCUCCCAGACACUGGACUACAUGCGUCUGCUGUUCAGCAGGAAGCCGGAGUCGCCCGUGCUGGGCGAUGGUUGGAUCUUUCAUGGCGUGAGCAGCAUCGAACAGGCGCUCAAUACGCACAAUCUGCAAACGGCCAAGGAGCGCGCCGCUCUCAUCAGUCCAAAGGUAAUUCAAUGGCUAAACGGCCCGUGGGGCCUCAAUGCCAAUGUCGUGGCCAUUGACUUCUUCAGCAAUACCAACCUGGUCGAUGUGGCCAUCCAAAUAAAUACACACAAGGCCUUCUUGGCGGUCAAUGACAAGUAUGUCAAUAUGGAAAUACUAACUCCACGCGGUGGCAACAAAUACGGCGCACAAAUUUACAUAUAGCUGGCAACGCGUUGCGUUUAGCCAUUGCACACACCAAGCAGUUGUACAAGCAGUGUGA